AACCAGAACUCCCUUGCUGCUAACAAUAGCUUAACAAUAACUGAAUCAGAUAUGCCUACACCACACCUGGACAGUACUGAUGCAUUAGAUAAUUAUUUGCCAAAUAUAGAUUUUGGUGACCCUAUUGUUUCUACUGAAUCUAUCGAAGAAGAAUUAACUAUACUUCCUUUGCAACUUAAUACAGAUAUCGUAUUGACUCAAGAUACAGAAAACAAUACACUCUCUCGACUCAUUAAAGAUUUAACUGAAGAAAAAGAUAAA